AUGUCAGAUUCCAACGGCACUGGUUCUGGCCUGUCCUUGUUCUUCCUGACGGGCAUUCCAGGCCUCGAACCCAUGCACCUCUGGAUCGCCAUCCCCUUCUGCUUAGUGUUCAUCGUGGCCCUUCUAGGAAACUGCACUCUGUUGUAUGUUAUCAGGACAGAGCCCUCCCUACACAAGCCCAUGUUCUAUUUCCUCGCCAUGCUGGCUAUCAUUGACCUUGUUUUAUCCACAACCACCAUGCCAAAAACACUGAGCAUCUUCUGGUUUAAUUCCAGGGAGAUCAACUUUAGCACCUGCCUGGUGCAGAUGUUUUUCCUUCACUCAUUUUCCAUCAUGGAGUCUGCCGUGCUGCUGGCCAUGGCCUUUGACAGGUUUGUGGCCAUCUGCAACCCCCUGAGGUACACCACCAUCCUGACCAAUUCAGUGAUAGCGAAGAUCGGGCUGGCGGCUUUGGCCCGGGCGGUUAUGUUAAUGGUUCCUCUGCCCUUCCUUGUGAGGAGGUUGCCUUAUUGCCGGUCCCAUGUCAUCUCCCACUGCUACUGCGAGCACAUGGCCGUGGUGAAUCUAGCCUGUGCCGACACAAGGAUCAAUAACAUCUAUGGCAUCACUGUGACUCUCUUCAUCGUGGGGCUGGAUCUGAUGUUCAUUGCCCUAUCAUACGUCAGGAUCCUCAGGGCUGUCUUAAGCCUGGCAUCCCAGGAAGAGCAGGUCAAAGCUUUUGGAACUUGUGUUUCCCACCUUUGUGCCAUCUUAGUGGUCUACACACCGGUGGUUCUCUCCUCAAUAAUUCACAGGUUCGGACAGCACGUCGCCCCGCACGUGCAUAUCCUGAUGGCCAAUUUCUACCUCCUCUUUCCUCCCAUGAUGAACCCCAUUGUGUACGGUGUGAAAACCAAACAAAUCCGGGUGCGGGUGCUUUCCUUGUUCCGAAGGAAAAGCCUCUAG